AUGUUCUCCAAUUCAAAUAUAUCCAUCGAUCAAAAUCAAACUAUACCUAUCGACUACCCGUUCAUUGACUUGACUAGUGAAACUAUUAAAUAUGCUAAUCGAUCAUUUUUUGCUGGAUCAGAAUCUGAAUUAAAAGAAAAAGAAGCAAAUGACAAUGUAUUCCAAGAAAUAGAUCCAAAUGAUUAUGUAACAGUUUACACUCACCUUCAAUUAGAUACGUACAAGAAUUGGAUCAAAAAUAUUCUUCCGAACAUUUCUG